AUCGGCAUCGGGUGUUGGGUUUGGCGUCGGCGUCGACGUCCCGUAGCCCCGCGCGACCCUCGUUCUCGGCCUCUACGGCCUCUACGGCCACCGCCACCGCCACCGCCACCGCGGUCGCCACGCCGCACCGCGCCGCGCCGCGCCGCGUUCUCGCCGCGCACGGCGCGCCUCGUACCUCGGAUCCGGAGAAGAGAGAAGAGAGCCGCGAAGCGCCGGGGGUGGGGACCGAAACGAGGAGCCGACCGCCGGUGGCGCGGGUCAGUCUGUCGGGCAACCGGUCGCUCUCUCGUUUCUCGCUCUGUCCGCGCUCUCCGCUCGACUCGAGCGCUCUCCACGCACUCGGGACUCUCGAGGCUCGGGACACACGGGACAUCGAACCGAUACGGGCCGAUAUCGCGACGCGACACGACGCGAUCGCACCGCGCGCGUUCUUCCUCCUCUCUGUCUCUCUCUCUCUCUCUCACUCUCUCCCUCUCCCUCUCCCGUGCCCUCUCCGUCCCUUCUCUCGUCGAAGGACCUCGAAUGUCCUGCCGCCCGUGAUCCUCGGACCCGUCCGCGUCGUUGACAGUGCCGUUCCGCGUUUCCGAAACGCGCGAGAUCAGUGGUUUCUUUUUCGAUAGGUGCGCGCGUGCAUCAUCGCCGUGCUGCCUUCAAGUUGCUGCGGUUCGCUUCGACCGUGGUCUCACCGUCGAGUCGAACGCGUAUAUCGAGGUGUCGCCGCGAUGCGCGCGCUACACCGCCGCGCACCUCGAGGCUCGACGUAACGGGACGCCUCGCGUCGCGACGAGCCGCGUUUCCGUUCGACGCGUGAGUUUGUUCGAUUACGGUCGCCGCGAAGCGUUCACGGAGCCUGGUGACGGAAACGAGAAAGCGCACCAAAGGUCCGACGCGGCAGCUACGACGUCGACGACGACGACGACGACGACGACGACAAGGACGUUGAAGACGGGAGACCGUGAUCAUCCGGGAGGAUGUCGAGGAUUCCGGUCAGCAGGAGCGUAGAUAGACCGACAACAGUCUCGGAAAGCGAACGGAAGCCUCGUCGUCGCUCGUCGAACGGGAAUAAUCGCCGGCCGAAGCACCGAUCAUCGUCCGCCGUCGUCAACGAUAACAGUUGAGGGACCCGGUUAAGAGGGCCAGAGUGUCAAGAGUGGUAGAGGGCGAGGUGAUGUUGCUGGAGUCGCGAGGUCUCGCCGGUAGGAAGAGAAACGGAUUGACGCUGUCUUCGUUCGGGGGUGGCGGCGGCGGCGGUGGCGGCGGCGGCGGCGGCGGUGGUGGCGGAGGAGGUGGAGGAGGCGGCGGCGGAGGAGCCGGCAGCGAGGAGGACGACGAGGAAUCUCGACAUCUGUUUCUUGGACGAAAAAUGCAGGCCGAGGGCACCGCCGCCUCCGCGGUUUCCGCUGUUUCCGCGGUCUCCGCGGUCUCCGCCGGCCGCGGCCUGUCGCCCGGCUGCACCCGCGACGACGCCGACGAAAGCUCCAGCCCGUCGCCGAACAGCAGCCUCUUGAACAAUCUAAACAACAACUGCAACUCGAGCCGGCAGUCUGCCACCGACUUCAGCAUCGCGGCCAUCAUGGCGAGGGAUUCGAGGCAGCAGCAACAGCAACAGCUACAGCAACAGCAGUCGCAGACCUCCUCGACGUCGCCGCCGAUACCGCAGCAACAGCAGCAGCAGCAGCAACAGCAACAACAGAGCCAGUCGCAGCUGCAGCAGCAGCAGCAGCAGCAGCAGCAGCAGCAGCAGCAGCAGCCUCAUCAGCAUCGACAGUUACAGCAACAGGCCGUCGGCGGCGGCAAGCUGCAUCAGCACGAAAGGGAACCGAGCGUGUCCGGCGUCGUUCGCGGCGCACCGCCGAUUCAGGAGGCGAUGGUCGCGGAAGACGACCUGGAGACCGACGACACCGGAAGCACAAGCGGCAAAGCCGCAUCCCCCGUGAACCCGCUUCUCCAGGAGCGGUCCAACUGCGAGGAGCUGAGGCACGUCGUCUGCCACCUGGAGACGAAAGAUCUGUGGGACAAAUUCAACGAGCUGGGCACCGAGAUGAUCAUCACGAAGACUGGAAGGAGAAUGUUCCCGACGUGCCGAGUGUCGUUCAACGGGCUGAAGGCGGACAGUCGGUACGCGGUCCUGAUGGACAUCGUUCCGGUGGACAACAAGCGGUAUCGGUACGCUUAUCACAGGAGUUCCUGGCUGGUGGCCGGGAAAGCCGAUCCCCCGGCACCUGCGCGCCUCUACGUCCACCCGGAUUCGCCUUUUACGGGCGAACAGCUACGAAAGCAGGUCGUCUCCUUCGAGAAAGUCAAGCUGACCAACAAUGACAUGGACAGGCACGGCCACUUGGUGCUGAACUCGAUGCACAAAUACCAGCCAAGGAUCCACCUGGUGAAGCGGCCGGACUCGGGCACGGCCAAGCCGAUCACCGACCUCGAGAAGGAGCCUCACAAGACCUUCAUAUUCCCGGAGGCCAUAUUCACCGCUGUCACCGCCUAUCAGAAUCAACUCAUCACCAAGCUCAAGAUCGACAGCAACCCGUUCGCGAAGGGUUUCCGGGACUCGUCGAGGCUCACCGAUUUCGAGAGCUUCCCUUUCAGGGAGACGAUGGAGUCGAUGCUGGCGGAACAGCAGUCGCUGAGGUUUCCCCAUCGACUUCCGUUCGAGAUGGAUCAGUUGCAGGCGGGCGCGGUGAACAAUCUCAGCCUGGAGGAGAAGGCGUUGUGGGCGGCCAGGUCGCAGAUGCUGCUGCGAGCCGCGGCGGCCGUCGCCGUCAGCCCGUACGCGCAGCUCGUCGGCCCGGCGUUGGUUUAUCCGGGAGCGUCGCCCGCGGGGACCAGCCACCAGCAGCAGCACCAGCAGCAGCAACAACAGCAGCAGCAGCAACUGGGACACCUGUGGUGGGCCUCGUCGAUAGGGCCGACCCUGUUCGCGGCGGCUCACCAGCAACAGCAACAGCAGCAACAGCAACAGCAGCAGCUGGCGGGCUCGAGCACCCAGAACCCCGGCCAAAGUCCGGCCGCGCCGCGACCGCUCUACCCUUCCGCGCUCGCCCUGGCGCACCACAGAUUCUCCCCUUAUCACACGACUCCCGUCGCCCCGAAGUCCUCGACGCCGCAAGGCUCCUCCAUGUCGCCCGCGAGAAGGACCACCCCCUCGCCGACCGACAGCCUCGGCAGAGACGCGCAGGACCUGUCGCCCUCGUAGUCGUCGCCGUCUGUUCUCGCGCUCGAUCCUCGACCGUCGCACACCGGUCUCGCCAACAAGCCUCCCAUGGCCAAAACUCAAGGCUUUAGGUUCGACGUAUUGAAAAGGUUUGUCUCUUGAACGAUGACGAUUCUGUGUCGCGAUACGCGGCGCUCGAAACACGAAAUCGUACAAUUCAAAGUGGAAUCGACUCUUUGCGCUCGAACGACGACUCGGAGGCGCCACUGAAUAUUGUUUUUCUUUUUUUUGGAGCUGUUAAAAAUGUAGGUAACUAAGAGCAAAUAAGCUCAAUUUCAUAUGCCGCGAUACAAAAUUAAUAGAAAAUCAAAAUGCGCUACACGUUGGAAGAGAUAUCUUAAUUUCGAAAUUGGAACAGCUUCGAGUGCGAAGGGUUUUCGACGACGGUUUUGUGUACAGAGUGUCUCGUUGUACCUGGAACCUACUUCAGGAAUAGAUUCUAGAUUUGGAAUCGAUAAGAAAAAGUUCGUGUUCCUAUUCGACCUUGUUUUCCACUUACGGCGAGUACCUGUUUUAUCGCACCGUAUUUGUUCGCCUUUGCAACAAAUGGUCGAAACGAACUCCUCGCAUUUGAACACAUCCUGGAAACGUUUCAUCAUCGACUGUCCUAUCCUUUUCAUUUCUGUCCAUCCUGUCGAAAAAACACCUGCAGGCUUGUGUUCAAAUUCGUGGAGCCGCUUUCGAACAUUCGUUGCGAAGAUGUGUAAAUACGGCGUGUUAAAGAAGAAACUCGUCGUAACUCGAAAACAAUGUCAAAGCGAGACCAUAUGUUUAUACAAACUUAUUUUCAUGCGUGGAAUCUUUUCCUCAAGUGGGUCACACCUACCGUGGAACACCCGGUAUAUUGCAUAUCGAAUUUGAAAUAUCGAAUCUAGUUUCGAUCAGUUCUCGAUCCAUGUAUAAACAACAGCGUCGAAACAAUAAUUCAAAUCUCGAGGAGUAUUAUAAUAAUACUGUCGAGUGUUCGUUAGUACGAGAUGUUUUUUUAUACGUAGGCUUAAACAAUGACGCCGAGACGAGCAAAUUAAUUUUAUGUGCAAACUCCGGCAACCUUUGCGUCUACAAUAAUUUCAACAAACAGAUGCCGACUGUAUUUCGACGCCUGGGUAAGCAGUCGAGUAGAGCGGCAUGCGCGCUCGACACUGAACGCUCGUAUCCAAUUUUAAAACGAACCACGAUUUUUCAGACAUUGCCCAUGAUCCGGCAAAAAAGAAAAACGUUUCCAAGAAGAGUUGGUCAGUAUUCUACAAAUUGAAGUCGGGUCACUUUUCUAUAAGUUGGAAUAGAAAAACCUGCAAACACGAAUUUCUUUUCAUAAAACACGCUGGUCAUCUUGAUUUUUAAAAAAUGUUAACCAUUUGCAGUCGGAAUGGCGAUUCCAAGGCGCUAUCAAAGGUGCUUAUAUCGAAGCAAUUUUACAAAUUUCGAUAUUGUCACAUGAAAACGAGUCUCAAAAUCAUUUAAAAACACUGUCGAAAUUACAACACAAAAUUCAAUUUCACAUAUGUGCAAUACAUAAAACUCUCUAGAUUCUGUAAAAUGAAAAAAAGCUAUUUUCGACGACGAGUUCAAAUGAGCCGACUGCAAACGGUUAAUGCAAAUCUUCGACUCGAUAAUAUUCUAGCUGGUGUUCGCGACGAAUUCAACGAUCGGCUAACACUGCAACCUUGAACCUUGAAAGAACGGUGAAACGAUUUCGGUCGAAGAAAGCGAAUUCGCAGACCGUUGUGCGUCGAUCGGCUCGAAAACCUGGGGACCAUUUGUCGGCGUUGUUCCGCGCCUCCUCCACUUUCGCCCUCGCCUUCUCCUUAUCGUCCGUGCCCGGAACCGAUCCACCACCACCUUCGAGACCACGGAGAGAAGCCGGCCGACAAUUUCUCUUCGUCUGGUAUUCCACCGUCACGGACCGAAGGGAACGAGAACGAAAGCGAUCGCUUUCGGGGGGCAGCGCGAAUCCGAAGAACGCGUGUGCCUGCAUUCUCGAGCGAAGCUCGAUGAUCCUCGGGAUGCACGGCGAUUUCUGAUGUAUGUGUAUAUAGGUAUAUAUAUAGCUGUGGAUUUACAGGUCUUAGGUAGUAUCGUCGACAUCGUUCGUGUAACAUAAGUUGUAUAUUUCCUUAUCAUGACUUACCGUUAUCGUUAUCGUUAUUUAUGUUUCGAAUCCGUACUGGACGCGGGAGGACACGGGACGCGGAGCCGCUCGGGAAACGGGCCACGCAGGAAAUAAGAGAGAACGAUGGCGAAGAGAAUUCGGACGGUCCGUUCCCGGAGCGGCAGCCGCGGGCCGCGAUAUCUCGCGGUAGCUUGAUCGACGAUUGUCAUCGCCGCGAGGCGGUUAGCCUUAGACUAGAGCGUUAUAUCGUUGAUGCUUGUGUUGCGAAGACUCGUACCUAUUGCUGUGCAAGCUGUUCCCGUGUAAAUAAACCCUAAUAAACUCUUGUACCGAGCCUAA